AAACUUAUUUCAACUAUGGCCCCAUACGACAAAUAGUUUUUUAUGCACGCUUUUUUAAUUUCAGUCGUAAGAGUUUGAACUUGUAACUUAAAAGGACGGAGUUUAAAUCCUUUCGAGAAUAGUUCAAAAAUAGUCAUUAGUGUCACGUUAGUAAUAACUUUUACCUUUUCGAAUUUUUGAAAAAAAAAAGUGUCGGUUUGCUUACAAGUAGAGUUGUAGUAUGAUAUAUAUUCCUAAGAGUAAGAAACUAAACCAAACCAAAAUUUGCAGAGUUGUCCAAGUAGUGUAUGAGAUGAGUCUCUUUUGGUUUCUAGUUUUCUCUGCACAUCUUGCAAUAGCAUCUUCUCUUGUGGAAUUUGAAGGCAUUUUGUUGACUCACAAGCAUGGCGGCGUGCAUCUCAAAUUGUAUCAUGUCGCAAGUCUCAAGUCAUCUCAGAAAUCCAAAUCAUUUUUAUUCUCUGACAUGCUUGCGAAAGAUCAGGAGCGUGUCAGGUACCUUCAUUCGAGAAUAUCCACCAAUUCUGAUUCCAAAAGUAAAGUUGGAGCACCAAAAUCAAAACCAAAACUUGUCAGCAUACCAUUGAAAUCAGGUUUAUUAAUUGGUUCAGGGAAUUAUUUUACAAAAAUAGGACUUGGUAGCCCUACAAAGUACUAUAGCAUGCUUGUAGACACAGGUAGUUCCUUCUCAUGGCUCCAAUGUCAACCUUGUACUAUAUACUGUCAUGCACAAGAUGAUCCUAUUUUCAAUCCUUCCUCGUCUAAUACCUAUAAAACCUUACCGUGUUCGUCCCCUCAAUGUUCUUCUCUCAAAUCUUCCACACUCAAUGAACCAAGUUGUUCAAAAGUCUCGAAUGCUUGUGUCUACAAAGCAAGCUAUGGCGAUUCAUCUCUCUCGCUCGGUUACUUGAGUCAAGAUGUUUUAACCAUAACACCGUCAGAGAGACUACCGGCUUUUGUAUACGGAUGUGGACAGGAAAAUCAAGGUUUGUUUGGAAGGUCGUCAGGUAUAAUCGGUAUGGCCAAUGACAAACUAUCCAUGCUUGCGCAAUUGUCUGGAAAAUACGGAAACGCCUUUUCCUACUGUCUUCCUACGUCUUUUUCAGCACCAAACUCUACCAAGGAAGGUUUCUUGUCAAUCGGAACAUCAUCAUUGACACCUUCGCCGUACAAAUUCACUCCUAUACUUAAGAAUCCAAAAGUUCCUAGCUUAUAUUUUAUAGAUUUGAAUGCAAUCACUGUGGGAGGAAAGCCAUUGGGAAUCGCAGCAUCGAGUUAUAAGGUUCCUACUAUCAUCGAUUCUGGCACGGUUAUUACAAGGCUACCUACGCCUGUUUAUACGGCCCUGAAAAAUGCUUUAGUGACGAUCUUGUCCAAGAAAUAUAAACAAGCACCAGGAAUUUCUUUAUUGGAUACUUGUUUUACAGGUAGUGUUAAGGAAAUCUCAGAAUCAGUGCCUGUGAUUGCGCUUAUAUUUGGAGGAGGUGCUGAGUUACCACUUACCGGUCACAAUACCCUCUUAGAACUUGAGAAGGGUGUUACUUGUUUGGCUAUAGCAGGUAAUUCUCAGACAAGCUCUAUUGCCAUUAUUGGGAAUUAUCAACAGCAAACAUUUAAGGUCGCUUAUGAUGUUGCCAAUUCCAAACUUGGCUUUGCACCUGGUGGCUGCCAGUGAUUCCUAACCAAAUCAGUUUCAGUUCACAAAGCUCUCUGUGACAAUUUAUCAAAUAUGUUGUAUGCAAAUUUUUAUGUUACAAUAAAUGUGAUGUGAUGUGAUGUGAUGUGAUGUAUCUUGUGAAAACAAGAAAAAUGAUAAGUAAAUACUUACAUAAAACCUGCAGUUAUGGUAGAUUUUUAAGGGGAUAUUUAAUUGAAAAGUUGCUAUUUGUAUAGUGGCAUGUAUAUAGCUACACAUUAUGGAAAGUUUUAUGAAUCAGAUCAUUAUUGUGAUCAUA